AUGAACCCAGCUCUCUUCAAAUUACUAUGGAAAAUUAAGUGUAAUCGGUCCCUUCCUUCUAUCUCAUCCAUUUGUUAUAUUGGUAAUAUGUCCGACUUGGAAAUAUUUUGUUACAUUGAGAAGUCAUCUGCUGUUCGCUCUGCCGAGAUUCUCGAGGCUGCCGGUCUGAGAUGUUUCGUUGGAGAGCUAGUAGUUGCGCGACAUUACCCACUGUUUCCUGCGAUUAUUUUGUGGCGGUUGCAGACGAGCAGGCUUAGUUCUAUAGACAAACGACUUGAAGAAAGCACGACAUUAAAACUCUGUGCAGCAGUGAUCGGUAUUCUCUCUGGUAUUCUCUCUGAGCACUACGUGGAUGGGCAGCUGAACGAAACGAUUACUGGAUACGUUGAGGUCCAAUAUGCGUACCUACUUGGGUGUUUUCAAGGAUCUUAUUGCUUGCUUGAGCUUCGACUAAAGCUCACGCCCGGUGACAUCCAGUAUUUCGUAGAUAUUGGCGGACGAAAACUCAUGCUACACUGGGAGAAAAAUACCCCUGACCAACAGCAAUACUUUCGUUGCUUUGCGGAACUGGGGGCGGAUCCGUUGACCGUCGAAUUGGACGAACAGCAGGAGGGAUGA